CUCGGUGGAGGGAGGGAGGUUGAUGAAGGCCAAGGAAUCGAGGGAGGCGUGAGUGGGCCGAAAGCCCCAAGGGAAGAGCAAAGCCCAGGAAGAGAGUGGGGCAUAAGGUGGGGGGGGGAGAAGGAGGAACGAAAGUCACCCCCCAGCCCCCCAUUGUAGCUUAUGGGGAGGUGGUGGCCUGUGUGGGGCUGAUUCCUCUGCAGUUCCUCCCCAGCCAAGACAAGCUUCUGUUUGCAAAAGACGGAGGCUUGGAGGAGACUCAAGACAGUUUUCCAGCUGCUUGCCAGAAAUAGCUUCGAGGGGCCCUAAUAUGAAAGACCAGCAGUGGUCCCUGAAGGAGAAGGAGGAGGAGGAGGAAGAACUCAGUGGCCCCAUCCAUUACAGCAGUUCCUGCCUGUUGGUGAAACGUUGGCCUUCUUGGAGGCUGCCUUUGGAGCACAGAAUUGAAGAUGAAAAUGCAAGACUCAGGUGGCCCAGAGACCAUCAAGGCUGGGAGUGGUGAGGAAUUCUGGGAAAGGACUCUGCAGGAAAUCCUGCACAAGGACACGCUCCCUUCAGAUGUACAGGGCCAGCACUUCAGGCAAUUCCGCUACCAGGAGGUUGAGGGGCCCCGACAGGUUUGUAGCCUACUCCAUCAUCUUUGCCGUCUGUGGCUCAAACCAGAGCAACACACAAAACACCAGAUUAUGGACUUUGUGAUCCUGGAGCAGUUUCUGACCAUCCUGCCCCCAGAGAUGGAGAGCUGGGUGAGAGAAUGUGGAGCAGAGACCAGUUCGCAGGCGGUGGCCCUGGCAGAAGGUUUCCUCCUGAGCCAGGCAGAGGCCAAGAAGCAGGACGAGCAGCAGGGGCGGUUAGGAGAAGUUACCACUGCUUUUUCUGAGGCAGAGAAGGCUCUAUCAGAUGCCAGACUGAAGCUGCUGCAUGGAGGGAUCUCUCAGGAGGAUCAUGGAGAUGCCACUUCGCUGGUUCAUGGCACACCACUGGAGGUGCUGACAAGGUUGUGGCUCCCGUAUGUGGAUGGAAAUACAGCUUCUACACAACCAGAUCAGGGUGCCGUGUCCUUUGAGGAGGUGGCUGUGCAUUUCGCGGAGGAGGAGUGGGCUCUGCUGGAUGCAGACCAAAGAGCCCUGCACAGAGCAGUCAUGGAGGAGAAUAGGCAGAAUGUGGCCUCUCUGGCAGGUGAUGGGUGGAAAAGCAAGACUGAAGGAGAAGCGUGCAGAUCACUAGUAGAAAGAAGGAGAUGUAAAAAGAAAAGACAACAGAGAAAACAAUCAAAAAUAAACCAGGAGAGGAAGAAUGAAUCUUCUCCUGUUCAUUUUGGUGACUGCCAAGAAACACCAAUCCAAGCAGAAAUAGAGAAGGGGGAGGAGAGGAGAAAGCCCCUCUCAAGUGAGAAAAGCAUCGGUUAUAAAUCGUGGCUCAAAUGUCACUGGGGAAUGAAGAGAGGGGAGGAGAAACCAUUUAAGUCUUUGGAGUGUAGAAAGAGCUUCAGUCAGAACUCUCAGCUUUUUAAAAAUCAAAGAAACACAGGAGAGAAACUAUUUAAAUGUCCGGAGUGUGGAAAGAGCUUCAAUCGGAGUUCAGCUCUUAGGAGACAUCAAAGAAUUCACACUGGAGAGAAACCAUUUAAAUGUUUAGAGUGUGGAAAGAGCUUCAGUCACAAUUCAAAGCUUAUUAGACAUCAAAGAAUUCACACAGGAGAGAAACCAUUUAAAUGCUUGGAGUGCGGAAAGAGCUUCAGUUUGAGCUCAACUCUUAGGAGACAUCAAAGAAUUCACACAGGAGAAAAACUAUUGAGAUGUUUGGAGUGUGGAAAGAGCUUCAAUCAGAGUUCACAGCUUAUUAGACAUCAGAGAAAUCAUACAGGAGAGAAACCAUUUGGAUGUUUGGAGUGUGGAAAGAGCUUCAGUUUGAACUCAGAUCUUAGGAGACAUCAAAUAAUUCACACAGGAGAGAAACCAUUUAAAUGUCUAGAGUGUGGAAAAAGCUUUAGUCGCAGCUCAGAUCGUAGGAGCCACCAAAGAAGUCACACAGGAGAGAAACCAUUUGAAUGUCUGGAGUGCGGAAAGAGCUUUAGUCGUAGCUCAAAUCUUAUACGGCAUUGCAGAAUUCACAAAGGAAAGAAACACUAUAUAAAUGGGGCUGGGCUUUUGUGUUCCAUUUGGGGCGAGAAGAGCCUGGAGAUUGGUCGCCUCGCCUGCGAGCAGCAGGUGAUGAUGGUGGCAAAGAACGGGGGCGGGGAGCUGCUUCAUUCCUCCUCUGUUUCAAUGGCUGUAGAUCAGCGGGGACAAUUCCCAGGCCGGGAUCUCCAGCUCCAGGCUGCGCUAGAGGAAAGUGUGAAACCAGGAAUGAAAAGGGAGCCAGAGGAGCCAGCAGGCCUCAGGCUAGAGACGGGACUGGAAGGAACUGGAGGCGUCUCUUCUGCCACCCAGGCAGAGGCAGCUGGGCACCAUCUAAGCUGGGCAAAGCCACAGGAGAUUAAGCAGGAGCCGGAGGAAGGGCUGUCAUCACAGCAAUGGGAAGUCCAGUGGCAAGAGUUCCUCAAGACCGUGCAGACUCCUUGCUCAGGAGAGGGGAUCUCACAGCUGCCAGAGACUGUGCCAUGGGGUGAAACGACUUCCCUGCCCCCUUGUGAGGAAGCAUCAGCCCCCGGCAGGUGGACUAGAGAAGGGAAGGAGGCCAGACUCUUGUGUGGAACAGCCCAGCAAGCCAACAGCAGGCCAGACCCCAUGAGCAGGAGAGACUGUGGGCCAACCGAAGAGAUCAAGACGGAGGAUCCCAUCAGCUCAGAGGUGCAGCGCCGGCACUUCAGGCAGCUCUGCUACCAGGAAGCCCGGGGUCCUCGUGAGUUUUAUGUCCGCCUCUGGGAACUUUGCCAUCAGUGGCUGAUGCCGGAGAGGCACACCAAGGAGCAGAUCCUGGACCUGGUGAUCCUGGAGCAAUUCCUGGCGGUCCUGCCCUCGGAAAUGCAGAGCUGGGUGAAAGAACGUGAUUUUGAGACCUGCUUCCAUGCUGUGGCCCUAGCAGAGGAUUUCCUCCUGAGGCAGCGAGAGGCAGAGAAACCAGAACAGCAGGAACUGAGGAAUGCUGAAGAGGUGACACUGAAGAGUGCAUGUAAUAAUGAAGGAGAAUGUUCUCUGCUGGGUCCUAGUCAAAUUGCUGUGUCCAGGGAAGUUGGGCAGGAGAAUUAUGAAAGCAAGGCAUCUUUGGAUUGCAGACAGGUGAAUGACUAUGAAGAGGAAAACAAUCAACCAGCAAGCCCUGAACAAAAGGAACCAUCACAAAGGAACUUCCACAGAAAAGCAGCAGAGAUGGUUUCCCAGAGUGAGGAACAGGAAGAAACCUCUGAGAAUGCACAGAGACCAAAGAGACAGCAAAGAAGCCACCCAAAGAACAGAAUGAGUAAAUCCGUUUCUUGUGCAGAUCACGUUCUGCGACACCAGCGAAUCCACUCGGGCAAGAAGCCACACAGAUGCUCUUUCUGUGGGAAAACCUUCAGUGGCCGGUCACACCUUAUUAUUCACGAGAGGACCCACACAGGGGAGAAGCCUUACAACUGUUCUGCUUGUGGGAAGAAUUUCAGUCGAAAUUCACACCUGAUUGUGCAUAAAAGAACACACACUGGGGAGAAGCCAUACAAGUGCUCCUACUGUGGGAAAAUGUUCAGUCAUAACUCGCUCCUUAUUAAACACGAACGAACCCACACAGGGGAGAAACCCUAUAAGUGCUCUUACUGCGCAAAGAGCUUCAGGCAGAGGUCCUGCCUUACCAUCCAUGAAAGAACCCACACAGGAGAGAAGCCCUACAAGUGCUCCGUCUGUGGGAAGAGCUUCACUUGCAAUUCGCAUCUGGUUGAACAUGGAAGGACCCACACGGGCGAGAAGCCCUACAAGUGUUCUGUCUGUGGGAAGAACUUCAGGUGUAAUUCGCAGCUGGUCAGACAUCAGCGAACCCACACAGGAGAGAAGCCCUACAAGUGUUCUGUCUGUGGGAAGACCUCCAGUUAUAAGUCAGACCUCCUUCGGCAUGAAAGGACUCACACGCGGGAAAAGCCGUAUCAGUGCUCCGAGUGUGGGUGGGGCUUCAUUUGGAAGUCUCAGCUUGUGAGUCAUCAGCGAAUGCACAGUGAGGAGAAGCCAUGGCAUAGACACCCGCUGACUCUGGGGAAAGCUUUUGUCAUAACUCACUUCUUGUGAUAUUCAGAGGAGCCUAGAAGGAAGGAAAACCAAAGCUUUUAUCAGAGCAACCAUCUAGUAUUGCAUGAGGAAAAGGAAGGAUGCAAGUACCAAAUGCUCUGUGUGGCAGGAGUGGGGAGCCCAGAAUUCACAGCUUCUGUUGAUUUCAGAAGGUCUAUUCUCCCCACCUCCUGCCCAAAUCUCCAUUUCUUAAGGUCUUCAGCACGAUUUCGAGGGCUGUACUUGAAAAUCCAGUGUACACAUCCCAAAAUAAAUCCUGAUAGUCUCGGAUUCACUGGGUGUAGUGAGUUGGAGAGAACGUUCUCAAACGAUGAUCUUUUUCUUGUGAAGCUUCUUGGGGCAAGGAAUGAACUGAAAACAACUGGUUCUUUCUCAAUUGCUGAUGGAGCUGUUUUGCAACAAUUAAUCUACUAAUAACUAGAUAUGCAUAUAUAUAUUUUGUCCUGUGUUCUGUGCAGUUCUUUUAGGGUAUUUGAGCUGAGUUUUGCAGGCAAUUUCUCAAGCCUAAUCAUGAGGCACUCUGAUUCCUGUGCAACCACCAGUGUUUGCAGAUAAGAGCUGUGGCACCUCAAGAAUUUGAUCUGCCAGUCAACCUGCUUAUUGUUUAAUGAUAACCAGCCAUUACGUCCUACAAAAGAAGAGUAACUUUGCUUUGGACUGUUGCGGUGUGUUGCGAUGCGCUGGCACUGCCUUUGAAAGUAGUUCAGAAACUCCGGCUGGUGCAAAAUGGCGCUGCUAAAGCGCUGACUGAACCCAGCCGUUUGGAGCAUGUUAUUCCAUUACUGUAUCAACUGCACCAGCUUCCAGGCUGUUUCUGGGCUCAGUUCAAAGUGCUAGGUAGUACCAUGAAAGCUCUAAAUGGCUUGGGGCCAGGUUACCUAGAGCAGGGAUCCCCAACGUUGGGUCCCCAGAUGUUAUUGUACUUCAACUCCCAUAAUCCCCAACUGAAGGCCACUGGGGCUGGAGAUUAUGGGAAUUAAAGUCCAAUAACAUCUGGGACCCAACGUUGAGAAUCCCUGACCUAGAGGACUGCUUCCCCCCUGGCAAAUAAUCUCCCUCACCAUUAAGAUUGGCUAUUUGUGUGUGUGUGGAGGGGUCUUCUGCAUGUACCUUUCAGGUGCACUUGGUGGGAUGCAUGAGAAAACUUGCUCUGUAGUGGCACCCCCUGUCCCGGGAGAUCCAUCUAGCCCUGCAGGUUACUUGUCUUUUUUGGUUUUGGUGGUGGUUUUAUCAGACUUCCAGUUAGUUGCUACUGAGCACGGGGCUUCCUUUGCUGGCUCUCUGUUUGGGGUUACGUUGUGUCGCUUUUCAGCGUCCAUUGGUGGUCUCUUGCCAAUGUAACUUUUUAGAACUAAGAGUGGCUGACAUCCUGACUAGGGAAGUGCUUGUGGAAGGAUGUUGUGCCAGUUACCUGCACUAAGUCUGGAGGUGGCAUUAUAGACUAGGGCAUGCUUGGGCAACUAGUGGCACAUUUCAUAUGAUUUAAAGGGGACGUUUCUGCGAGAGUGUGACUUCGCAAAUCCCUGUUUGAGCACAGCUAUGCAAUCUCUUUGUGCUAGUGCAACUUUGUUGUGCAAGCACUUUGAUAGUCAGGAUGUCGGGCUUCUAUGAGCUUCUACAAACCUCUGUCUCUAGCCUACUACUGCAGAUUCUACCACACUGGAAGUAGUACACUUUUUGCUGAUCAUACAGCAGAAAGACAAUCAAAUCAUCAAAACCACUGCUCCAUUUAUAGUACUGAGCCAACGCUGAAGUACAUCAGUACAUACAGACUCCAUGUGACCCAUGCUUCCUAAAGACAAACCAAUUUUCAGUUGCUUUUCAGUAAAGGUGUCCUGAUAUCACAUUCAUUGAAGUAUAGUUUGGAAACAAUGCCCCCCCCCAAAGGCUUUCUGUGGACUGACAACUUUAUGGAGAAAUGGAUCUAAGUUGGUAAGCUUUGGGAUGCUCUGGAAGAGAUAUGGAAUGAUUUUAUUGCAUCCAGACAUCUGCUUGGUUUGUGCUGCUUUAGCCAAAUAGCAGCCAUGGUGGGUGUAACUUUCGUAUCGGCAGCUGACCGGAUAAUAAGGAACCCAGGUAGCAGUCUGAGAUAUACAUUAGAUUCUGGACCAUUUAGAAUCUAUUGAGGCUAAGGCUGUUGCCCAAUUAAAAUAAAUAAACUUUACCAAUA